AUGGAGAGAAGAUGGUGUACUGAGUGCUGGAAGGGGCUGUCUUGGCUGGCGUUUAAGGACUUGUGGGAUUUUGUGAAGCUUUCCAUUGCUUCGGCCGUUAUGCUGUGCUUGGAGAUCUGGUACUUUAUGACCAUUAUUGUCCUUACUGGACAUCUUGAUGACCCCAUCAUUGCUGUGGGUUCCCUCUCCAUAUGCAUGAAUCUAAAUGGAUGGGAAGGCAUGUUGUUUAUAGGAAUCAAUGCAGCCAUAAGUGUUCGUGUGUCGAACGAACUUGGAUUGGGGCAUCCAAGAGCUGCAAAGUACUCCGUCAUUAUCACCAUUGUCCAAUCGCUAUGCAUUGGGCUUUUUUUCGGAGCAAUUAUCCUGGUGACAAAAAACUACUUUGCGGUCAUCUUUACCGACAGCAAAGAAAUGCAAGAGGCUGUUUCUCGCUUAGCUUUCCUGUUGUGUAUAACAAUGGUGCUCAACAGCGUUCAACCAGUGAUAUCAGGUGUGGCUGUUGGAGGAGGUUGGCAAGCUUUGGUGGCUUACAUUAACUUGUUUUCUUAUUAUGUUGUUGGCCUUCCUUUUGGGUUUCUUCUUGGAUACAAAACAAGUUUAAGAGUGGAGGGAAUUUGGAUUGGUAUGAUAUGUGGGACAUUCUUGCAGACAAUGAUUCUCUUGUUUAUUGUUUAUAAAACCAAUUGGAACAAGGAGGUAGAACAGACCUCAGAAAGAAUGAAAAGGUGGAUGGGGAAGGAUGCACUACCAUCUGAUCCAACAUGAAGAUAUUGGCUCUUUAACCUUUGGAAGAGCCAAUUUAAAUUCAGACAUUUUUUUUAGUUUAAUAAUUAUAGGAACGAGAGAUUCGAUCAUUGAUAUUAAUAUCAGUAAUAGAUGUCUAUUUAAACUAGGUUUCCAAUUGAAA